GCUUAAAAGAAAUACAAUCAACGCCACUGCUUGGAACCACAAUGUUGAGAUUUGUAAUUUUGUGUUGCUUUAUGAGUAACGUUAACUUAAUUUUCUUAUGCGAAUGAGAAGGAGCUCUUGAAUCUGUUAUAUUGAGGAGCUGUGUAAUGAUUUGUAAAUCUCUCGUACUUCCAGUCUUGGUGGCUUUCGUAUUACUGUAGACUGAAAGAAAAGAAUGCUUAUAGAAUAAACACGCAUAUAUUCAACUUUGAGCCUCAAGAUCGACUGACGUUACCAUUGCCAUAUAAAAGACAUUUAUUGUUAUGGAGACGAUCAUUUGGCGCUGAAGUUCUAAUAGAUAGAGACGUGGAUGCCAUGUAUUUGGAGAUACAGAGUGAUCAUUACAUCUUUACACCAGAUAGCAGAGGAAAUACUUUGCGAUAUUCAUUAAACAAAUAAUAUUACAUCAUUUUACAACAGUACCGGUAGCUUUUUUUGCAGAAAGUAAUAAGUUUAGCUUAGAAGAUGGGUGGACAUCAAAUAGUGACGUUGAUCUUGAUAACAUAUUCUGCUGAGGGACUUAAACCAUAUUUAUAAGAAAAACACUUUAAAACUUGCAAUAAAACAUUACUUCCAAUGAUUUUGGUUAGUAUCAUUGUGAAAUGACGAUUUAUGAGUAACGUAAUACUUUUCCCGUUGUGCUAUUCUAAUAGUGCAUAUUCAUGUUUGAGGAGGAGCUAUUAAACACAUAGAUUAUGAUACGUUCUACGUAUGAUUCAUUGACAAAGGUGUUUGCGACUAUAAUGGUGUAUGUUUUACUUUAAAUAAUAGUACAAGGUUUUACAAAGGACAAUGGAAGAUCAACCUGUUUAGUGUGAGUCUCUUGAAGUUUUGAAGAAGCGGUAUAUUAUUAACAUUAAAAUGGAUUUCCGAAAACGUUUAAUCUGUACCAUAAUUAUAUUGUGGACACUCCGCAAUCAAGUUAUUGCCAUUCAUUUUAUGUUUCAUCCCAAGAGCAAGACCGUGCUCGAAGGCAAGGACGUUGAACUGUCUUGUCUUAUUUCUGGAAGUGUGCUGGAUCACAAUCUGUCAUGGCUUAAAUAUGACAAAAAAAUUACUGCUGGACGCUCUAUUUUAGACUUAAGUGGCCUUCAAGAUCGUGAUGUUUUCCUAGAUAUAACAGAACUGGUCAAUGCUUCAACUUACAAAUUUGUCAUUCGUAAUGCAGAAAAAUCAGACGAGGGUGAAUAUGCAUGCGCAGUAUUCCAAGGUAAUGAAGAAUUUAUUUCAGAUAUAGGUACGCUCACUGUUAAUCAACUACCAGACCCAAUUUUUCCUGUAUGUGGACAGAUAACAAACCCAAUAUACAAUGGGAAACGUGUGAAUUUGGAAUGUGAAGGUGAAGUCAUUGAUCCGCCCAUCAACUUACGAUUAUUGAAAUCCGUCACGGGUAUCAAGGAAGAUACAAAGGUAUUGAAGAAUCAGUGGACAACACCUAUUUUACAUUCAUUUAUAGCCAAUCCCUAUGACAAUAAUGCUAUUUUCACUUGUCAACUAACAACACCAGCUGAUUCUAGCAUUGUUAGGAACUGUAGCUUUGGACCAUUGAAUGUAUGGUAUAAACCUAAUAUCACAAUUCAACAUGCAGGAACGACACUAUCAGGAAGGGAAGCUAUUUUUAUAUGUCAAACCAAUGCAAACCCACCUGUAACGGAAUUCAUAUGGCAAUUUGACCCGCCUUUAAAUAUUGAUCGUUAUGAAAUUGAUGAUAUUGGACAAGUUUUGCGCAUUCUACGUGUUACCAUUGACGACAAUGGACUGAUUGUGAGAUGUGCGGCAAAGAAUACCGUGGGUCAGGUGACAUAUCACGUGACCAUGGAAGUAAUUGACACUGACAAUGGAAGUAAGAACAAACCAAAGACCAACGCAAUUGAAUCAACGAAUGAUAAACAAUCUGAAAAGAAAAGCAUUUCUUUAUCGGUUUUACUUGCUGUUGUAUCAGUAUUGGUUCUUGUCAUUGUAUUUGCUAUCAUAAUCCCUGUUUAUUAUUUCUGUAUUUGUUCGACGAAUGUGGAAACGGUUGUAGGUCAACCAGAUGUAUACUUUGAGCCUCAAGAUCGACUGACGUUGCCAUUGCCAAAUAAAAGACACUCAGUGUUAUGGAGACGAUCAUUUGGCGCCCAAGUUCCAACAGAUAGAGACGUGGAUGCCAUGUAUCUGGAGAUUCAGAGUGAUCACUACAUCUUUACUCCAGACAGCAGAUGCAAUACUCUCCCCUGAAUAUACAGAGUUGCACAAU